AUGGCCGUCCACAUGCGCAAGCACCCUGGCCAGCUCACGGUCGUCAUAAAGCUUGGAACAUCCUCGAUCGUCGACGAGAAAACCCACCAGCCGCUCCUUUCGAUCCUGUCGCUCAUUGUCGAGACAGCAUGCAGCCUGCGCGCUGCGGGCCACCAUGUUGUAAUCGUGUCGUCGGGCGCCAUUGGUGUUGGUCUGCGCCGCAUGAACCUCCCACGUCGUCCGAAACACCUUCCCCAAGUGCAAGCACUGGCGGCCAUUGGUCAGAGCAGACUGAUGUCGCUGUGGGAUCAGCUGUUUGGAAAUCUGGAGCAGCCAAUCGCACAGGUGCUGUUGACGAGGAACGACAUUUCCGAUCGGACGCAGUAUCAGAAUGCGCAGAACACGUUUAUUGAGCUGCUCAGCAUGGGCGUGAUUCCCAUUGUCAACGAGAACGACACCUUGGCCGUUACGGAAAUCAAGUUUGGCGACAACGACACGUUGAGCGCCAUUACGGCGGGAAUGGUGCAGGCCGACUAUCUCUUCCUCAUGACGGAUGUGGAUUGCCUGUACGACAAGAAUCCGCGCUCCAACCCCGAUGCCAAGUCGAUCACGGUCGUCGAGGAUAUCUCUGAGCUGGCCGCUGAUGUCAGCUCUGCGGGAAGUUCGCUGGGCACGGGUGGCAUGAGCACGAAGAUAGUAGCGGCACGGCUGGCGACUAGUGCGGGCGUGACUACAGUCAUCACCAAGAGUAGCAAGCCAGGUAAUAUCUCGAGCAUUAUUGCGCAUGCCGAGAAGCACCGCAAGUCGAGGAUGUCGAGCCGGAACUCUGUCACCAACUUCCAGGACGAUGCAGCAUUGCAAGAUUCACACCACGACCUUGCGGCAUCCACCUCGUCGCUGGCAGACAAGCUCGCAGGAACAUCGACGCCGAAGACUGAGGAGCCUUGUCCCUUGCACACGCGCUUCCUUCCCAUAUCGAAUCCCAUACGCGACCGCUACUUCUGGAUUCUGCACGGUCUGGCGCCUCACGGAGCCAUAUACAUUGACCAAGGUGCUUGGACUGCGCUCAGUGGUAAAGCCGGCCUCCUCCCAGCUGGAAUCGUAGACGUGGACGGCCACUUUGCCCAGCAGGAAGCUGUCCGCAUCAUCGUGGUGAAGCGCCUGCAUUCCAACAUCAGCCACUCGUCCAAAUCCUCUCAAUCAGGCACUGCCGCCCAUCCCCCCACGACUCCUGGCGCUGCGGCCCACGCUGUCCAUGCCCCAAUUCCCGUCCGGCACCCACUCACGCACUCGAUGACGUCCUCUCACAGUCACCACCACAACCACAGCCACCACGCAGCCCCUCACUCUCCGACUUUUGAACUGCACAACCCUGCGCCAUUUGAGAUUGGAAGGGCGGUUGUGAACUACUCGGCCACGGAGAUUCGGCGGAUCAUGGGGCUGCACUCGACGCAGAUCAGGGAGGCAUUGGGGUACGCAGACAGCGAGUAUGUUGCGGUGAGGGAAAACAUAGCCUUCUUCGACGUGGAGAGGUCACGACCCAGCACGCCCGACUUUCGGCAUGCAAGCGGCAGCGGUGCGGAAAAGAAAGGGGAGAGCGUCGAGGCGCACUGAAAAAUUAGAGGUGCUGUAGAUAGAUUAUAAAGUUGCUGGGCGUUGCGAGAGGCUUGGCAGAUGCAUGGUCAUUUCUCGUGAGCAAUCUCGGACACCAAUGCUGGUAUCUUGACAGCUGCCAUCUGGCUGACGGCCGUCUGGGCAGGCCAAGAGAGGCUGUCUGCUUACCGUGUGCUGGCCAAACAGGCAUGGGUGACCAUGGUAUGGGCGUGUGCGGCAUUAGCACGUCCAGUGACAAGUGAAUGGGCCGAAGCCAAAGGCGAGGAAAUCC